AACGUGUACCAAUGGUCCAAAUAAACAUGAGAGUUUUCAAGAUAAUUUCGCUGUUACUCCUCUCAAUUCUGAGUGGAUUCGACUGUUCUCCAGUGUCAUCGCUUCGUCUGGAGCACAGGGGCGGCCCCGAGGAGGACUCGGGCCUGGCCCUGGAUAAUUACGAGCUUCAGGAGCCAUCAUCAACGACAAAGCCCGUGGAAAUAUCUGAAGACACUUACGAUCAGCGUCAGAACGGAACCGAGAACUACAGGAUUCACGUCGACGGACUGGUUGUUGUGGUGGCGCCUGUGGAGGCUCUUCUCCUUGCCGGAGGCAUCCCGGAUAAUUUUUCGAAUAUUCUCGCGCCUCCACCGGCCCCGGAGAAGCCCCUGGACAAGCCUCUGGACAAGCCUCAGGAGGAUGAGGGGCCCUUGAAACCGGUUGACAAGCCGAUCGAGGGGGAAAAACCUUUGGAUGUCAAGAAAAUUUCGCACAGGGGACAUUUGAAGCUUGUCAGCUUCCUGGCACCUCUCCUAAGACACAUUGGACAACAAUGAAGGGGUUUUAACAAUUUCUU